GUGACGCCGCGCUCGUUCCCGGGAGUCUCGCGGUGACAACUUACUGAGGUCAUCGUUGGAAGAGAAAGGAAUUGCAAAUGGAGGGGGAAGAAAUAAUCAUUCUCUGAACGACAUAAGGUCCAUCUAGCCAUGUCUGAGUCUCUGUAUGAGAAGUUCUUGGCCCCAGAGGAGCCCUUCCCUCUCCUCUCCCAAAGAGCAAACCUCAGCGACGUGGGAACCCUGGAUGUCAGCGACUUUGGCUGUCAACUCUCCUCUUGUCACAGAACGGAUCCGCUGCACCGCUUCAACAGCAACAGGUGGAACCUGACUUCCUGUGGGACCAGCGUUGCCAGCUCGGAGUGCAGCGAGGAGCUCUUCUCCUCUGUGUCUGUCGGGGACCAAGAGGACUGCUACUCCCUCCUAGAUGACCAGGAACUGACCUCUCUGGACCUGUUUCCGGAAGGCAGCGUUUGCAGCGACGUCUCCUCCUCCAUCAGCACCUACUGGGAUUGGUCCGACAGCGAGUUUGAGUGGCAGUUACCAGGAAGUGACAUUGCCAGUGGCAGCGAUGUCCUCUCUGACAUCAUCCCGAGCGUGCCGAGCUCGCCCUGUCUGUUUUCCAAGAGGAAGCCAAAGCCGCAUCCUCACCGCAACCUGGAUGAGUUACCAUGGAGCGCCAUGACCAACGACGAGCAGGUGGAGUACAUCGAGUACCUGAGCCGGAAGGUCAGCACAGAGAUGGGCCUGAGAGAGCAGCUGGACAUCAUCAAGAUCAUCGACCCCUGUGCCCAGAUCUCCCCCACCGACAGCGAGUUCAUCAUCGAGCUCAACUGUCUCACGGACGACAAGCUCAAGCAGGUGCGUAACUACAUCAGGGAGCACGGCCCCCGGCAGCGGGCCAGCAGCACCAGAGAGGGCUGGAAGAGGAGCAGCCACAGCAGCGCCAGCACCGGCGGCGUCAGUGCGGCCAGCAGCAGCAACGGCAGCAUGGUCAGCUCUGCCAGCUCCUCCGCCGGCUCCACGGCCUCCAACUCCGUGGCAGGCGGUCCGGCAUCAGCCUGCAGCGGAGGCAGCAUCGCUAACAUUAGCAGAGCUCACAGCGACGGCAACCUCUCCAGCGCCGCUGAGCGUAUACGAGAUUCUAAAAAGCGCUCCAAGCAGCGGAAGCUCCAGCAGAAGGCUCUGCGCAAGCGGCAGCUGAAGGAGCAGCGGCAGGCCCGCAAGGAGAACCUGAGCGGGCUGUUCCUGAACGAGGAGGUGCUGGCGCUGCGGGUGACUGAGGAGGAUGACCGCGGCGACGACCUGGACAUACUGAUGUGACACCAGUGAAACUACCAGUGCUCCCUCUAUGCCCCACCACCCCCACCACCCGCCUCCCAGAGCACCAGAAACCGAUCACGGCUAAGCCUGCCUACAGCAAUAAUGCUAACAUACUGAUCAUGCUUUGAUUAAAUGUUGACCUGUCCAGCCUGCUUAAGGCCAGUUCGAAUGCUGCCACAACUGUGUGCGUGUGUGUACACACACAUAGUUGUUGCAACAUCAAACACACUGUACCGAGGGGAGGUAUUUGAGGUUAAUACAGCUAUCAAGCUGGUAGAUUCUGUCCCCACUAAUGCAGCCAUCGCUGGCGGUAGGAGAGGUUGUGUACGUUACGUUUCUUGUCUAUGACUUCCAAGGGGGUGGAGCUAUAUGCCUUGUGGCAGCAUUUCACAUCCACCCACUGUCCCCCCGGGGCUGCGGAUGGUUUGAUGGCGCGUCUUAAAGUGGCUCAAAAGUAUUGGAGCGCGUUUUUUUUUUUAGGUGAAAGCAGAUUGUCUGUAAAUACGUGUUGCCAUGGCAAAAAUCUGGGGAGCAACAAUCCUGACAUUGAAACCUUUCAUUGAAGAGGAUAUAUUUUGUUUUUGUGUUCUAAACAGGGGAUGCGUCCCCCGCCUCCCCCCUUAGCUAAGAGACGUCUGAGCUCUGUCAGUCUUUCUGCCCUCCCCCGAAGGCCUAGAAGGAGCACUGAAUCUGUAUGUUGACCCCCACACCGCGCCCCCGCCACCCCCGCAGUCCUUAAACUAACAACUGGCUUCGUUAAUAGCUUACACCUGUUUUAAAGAACAACUGGCGUAUUGUAAAUACAUGAUAAAUAACAGCAUAUUUACUGCUUGCUUUUUCCUUUUUUUGCCUUAGUGAAAAAGGUUUGAUUUCACGUUUUCUUUUUUCCUCGUGUGUAUAUUUAUUUAUAAAUAUAUCUAUAUUUAUUUAUGGGUAUAGAUAUAUCUAUAGAUUUAUAGAUUUAUAUUGUGAUAUGGUAGUGAACUAAUUGGUUAUCGUCGCUCAAAUGCUGCCACUGGUUCUUUGCUGUACUUUGAGUCUUAUUUUGAAGCGUUUAAGUACUUGAGUUUGUUCGUCUCAGACAUCAUUUAUUUUUUAUUUAUUUUUAAGUCCUCUUUUUUUUUUUUUUUUUUUGUUUCCCCGAAAAACCUCUAGUUUUGUAUCUUUCCCCCGAGACGGACCUAAACGAAUGGUUUACUCCCGCGACGGUAUCCUGUCGAACAACUCGACCACCGCGGUAACUUGGAAGCACUCGAGCGUCUUUAUAAGCAGUUCUCACUGAUCAUAUUGCAUCUGUCUGCCGACCGGUGGCCUGUUUAGUUUUUGCCGCUGAACUUGGAGCUGGUUUCUUAAGCGCGUGAGCCGUGUUGCUGUGGACAUCCACCCCCUUCUCCCUCUCUCUCUCCCCUCAGCUUUGUGUCGUAGCUGCCAUGCUGCUAUUUGCUAAGAGUAACAGCCGAAGGGAUUUCUUCAUUUUAUGUGUGUUUGUUAUUAUCUUAAUGUUUUUCUGUUCUCACCCCUUCCCGCUGCUCUCCAGCUGUCACAAACACGAUGGACCACAGCAGAUGUUAUUUACUUAUGCGUAUUGGGCUCAUGGCUCUUCGUCUCUGUCUCAUGUAUAAAGUUAUUCAUCGCUGCGAUAACGCAAAAUGACGCUUUAUGUAUUCUGUAGUUAUGAAUUAGUAAAAUUCUAUUUUGAAAAAUAAGAUACUUUUGAAAAAAAUAAAAUAUAAGUCAGCGUGAUGCAACAAAGGCGUUUAUGUAUAAAAGUAUCAUGUAAUGGCUGAUAAUUUACCUGAUUUAAAUGUGGUUAAAAAAAGAAGUUUGAGUUUAAACAGAACUUUUGCCUCAGUGAUUCAACACUGAAUGUUGAGGCAGACGGGUCGAGUCCAACCGAUCUGAUCCUCUGAUCAGCUACAACACCACCCGUGUUUCUACAUGUAUCGGUUCCUCUGACCGUCAGAUUGACUGUAAACACGACAAAUAAACCAACGUUGUUGCAUCCUAA